CUCAUAUUCUGCAACUCCCAAAACAACCAUGGCAGCAGCUUAUGCAGCUCUAGUUUCUGCUAUGAAUAUCAUAAACAACCUUCACCAUCAUCCUACCCCUCCUAUUUCUCUCCACACUAAACAAGUUGAGUCUCUCACUCAAAAGAUCAAUUUCCUGCUCAAAUUUCUCGAGGGGUAUAACCCCCAUCGUGGCUACUCCAAAGAAGCGGAUCCAUUGGAGUCUCGCAUUGCAGAUGCAGCUUAUGAGGCAGAACACGCCAUUGAAUCUCAUAUUCUCGAUCAGUUAGCAAAUAAUGGAGAAAAUAUGAGUUAUGAUGGCUUGUAUGAAGCUCUCAAGAAGGUGAUAGAAGACAUGGCUUCUAUCGAAGAGGAGGCCAAGCAAAUUCAAGGGAGACUUGGACUCCAACAUCAGCUGCACACAAACUCAACGCCUUCGGAUUCGUCGAGAUCUUCUUCGAUCCCGCAGCAGAGUAUCAUGGUGGGUGCUGAUGAUGUCAAGCUUCAAAUGAUGGAUAAGCUCACUUCUCAUUUCCGUGAUCUACAAAUCACUUCCAUUGUAGGGAUGGGCGGCUCGGGUAAGACCACUCUUGCUCGAAAUAUUUAUGAGGAACGUCUUAUUAAGAAGCAUUUUCAUAUUUGUGCAUGGGUUACCAUCUCUCAAGAAUAUAGCAUUAGAGAAAUUUUUGCAGCUGUUCUUCAUCAGUUAAAUAUAGGAGUUGAUGACAAUUUGAGGGAGCAUGAAUUAGGAGAAAAAUUGUAUCAACACCUUUAUCAUAGAAGAUACCUAAUUAUAAUGGAUGAUAUGUGGAGCAUUGAUGCAUGGGAUAGAGUUAGAAAUUAUUUCCCAAAUAACAAAAAUGGUAGCAGAAUAGUGGUAACAACAAGGCUAUCGGAUUUGGCUUCUACAUUACCCAAGUCUAAUAGCCUUGCGAUGGAACUUUUGGAUGAGGCUCACAGUUGGGAGCUUCUCUCCAAAACUGUGUUUAGGAAAGAAGAUUGGCCUCUUGAAUUGGAGGAAAUUGGAAAAAAGAUUGUAAAAAGCUGCAAAGGACUUCCAUUGUCAAUUGUUGUGGUGGGAGGCCUUUUGGCCAAGUCCAAACAUGAAAGAGAGUGUUGGGAAGACAUUUGGGAAAACUUGAAUGCAAAUGUUAAUUUAGAGGAUGAUGAACGUUGCUUGAAAAUACUGUACAUGAGUUACAAGCAAUUGCCAAUACAUUUGAAACCUUGUUUUCUCUAUAUGGGAGUUUUUCGUGAAGACGAGGAGAUUAGUAUGUCAAAGCUCAUUAGAUAUUGGAUUGCUGAAGGGUUUCUAAAACCAAUAAGUGGGAAAAGCUUGGAAGAGAUAGCAAAAGAAUAUUUAAAAGACCUUAUUGGUAGAAAUCUCAUUUUAUGCCAUAGGUUGGAUAGUAUUGGAAACAUAAAAAAGUGCAAAAUUCAUGACUUGUUGAGAGAUUUGUGCUUAAGAGAAGCUGUAAAAGAAAGGUUUUAUAAUACAACAUCAGAUAAUGUAGCCAUAAGCGCCUUGCCGCCUAUGUCACAAGCUCGUUCUUCGACGUGGAAUGUUGGACAAAAACCUCUCAAUAUGAGCCUGUUGAGGAUAGUGAACAAAACUACAUUCUUUCAAAUAUUUUUUCAAAAUGAUUUAUUUGGACACAUGGAUCAAUUAGUUAACUCACGGUUCCUUCAAAUAGCUUCUUACGCAAUAAGAGAGGGUAAAUUUCCCUGUUCAAUUUGGCGAUUUUGGAAUCUAGAAACACUAAUUGUUCGCCACAACAGCGAGGUUAUUACUGCGCCAACUGAUUUUUGGUACAUGACUCGCAUCAGGCAUGUUGAGUUCUACGAGCUUCGUCUCCCAGAUCCUCCUGAGGACCAAGAUGGCAUUGUUUUAGGAAAUCUGCAAAGGUUAGGGACAGUAUUAGAUUUCAAGUGUAGCGAACAAGUAGUAAAAAAAAUUCCCAAUAUAAAAGAAUUGGUUUUUCCUAAUAGGCUGGUGACACUAAACUUGAGCAAUCUCGAUUAUCUAACUAAACUUGAGUCAUUGAAAUGCACAUUUUUUGGAAAGUGUGUAAUCAACUUUCCCCAUUCGAUCAAGAGAUUGAAUCUAAGUGGCAUCAGUCAAUAUUGGGAAGACACAUUGGAUAAGGUAUGUGUGUUGCCCCAUCUUCAGAAGCUCACACUCGGGUGGGGGAGGUUCAACGAAGGGAAGUGGGAAACAACUGAAGGCCAAUUUCGCAGCCUCAAAUUCUUGGCUCUUAAGUAUUGUAAUUAUCUAGAAAUCUGGAAAAUUGAAAGCUCUCACUUUCCAUGCCUUGAGCGCCUUCAUCUUAUUGAAGUAGGUAAGUUGGGGGAAAUCCCUUUAGAUUUUGCAGAAAUACCCACACUUAUAGAAAUUGUUGUGGAAGGUUGCAGCGAUUCAGCAGUGGUUUCUGCAAAAAGAAUAUCAGAGGAACACGAGGACUAUUACGGGGAAGGAGCCCUUCAAGUUCGUGUUCACCUCUAUGAUGAUAACAAAGCUGGACUGGAGAGCUUGGAUAGUCCUAACUUUUGUGUUAAACAAGCCUACUACUAAGGUAGUGUGUGGGGAGAGCGCACAACACAGCACAGAAUGAAUCCAUUGGUGCGUAUGCUCUGUUUCUCUUUAUGUUUUGGCUUCUUUCUUUUCAAUUCUUAUUCACUGCCCUUUUUUCUCCUAUUUCCAAAUUUCCAUUGGCAGCAUAACUGAAAAACAAGUGGGAGAGAUAAAGAGAGAUGGCCAUUGUUGAACUGAAAUAGCCAACCCAAGAACUAUAUAUAUUAUUCAAUUCUGUUUCAUUUUUUCGUCUCCUAACUUCCAAUUGAAUUAUUUUCACACCAUACCAUAGUUUUUCAAAGAGACGCCGCCCAUUAGGUCUAACAAUUAUUCCGGCGCGGACAUCUAAAAUUUAUGUAUGUAGAUGGAGAUCAAAGCACCCACUUCUGGCAGACUAAUUUCAAUUCAUUUUAGUUAGGUAAUUUAGGGUACCCGAAUACCUGAAUCGGGUACCCAACUCGGGUAUUAGGGUACCCGAUUUCAGAAUCGGGUUCGGGAUCGGGUAGGAGUUUUGGUCAAUUUUCGGGUUCGGGUACCCGAUUUUUUCGGGUAGGGUACC